AUGCAGAUCUCGCUUACUACGGUGAAGGGAAAGAACAUAAACCUUGAAGUGGAGGAUAGCUCGGACAUCAUCGACCUCAAGAUCCACGGACCUACACGUCAAUUGGUUCUUGGCCUUGGUCCGGAUCCUGGUCCGGGUGUAGUCAUGCGGAUUUUUGUAUCGACUAUAAAGGAGAAAACAUUCAUCCUAGAGGUUAAGGGGUCCGAUACCAUUAAAAAUGUCAAGACCAUGAUCCAUGAUCAAGGAGGACCCCCAGUGGACCAGCUGAAUCUGAACUUUCAUGGCACGAAGCUUGAAAACAGUCGAACCAUAGCUGACUACAACAUCAGACCCCGCGCGAACCUUGUCAUUAUUCAGAGUGGUUGCAUUUGCUGA